UUUUCAGUUUCGACUUACAAGUACGUGCGUGUUUCACAACCAUCACAAUGCAGCGAAAAAAUGCAUUUGACUUUGCAAUUGAGAUAUUGGGAACUAUCUUACAUCUGUAUUUUGCAAAUGCAUCUCAAGGAAAUACAAAACCGAGCGUUAUAAUUCUAAUAGCUGACGACAUGGGCAUUGGAGAUUUGAGUUGUUAUGGAAGCACGGCAGUCAAGACAAAGAAUAUCGACAGGAUUGCAGAGGAAGGGAUGAAAUUCAACAGAAUGUACUCCAUGGCAUCAGACACGGGCACUAUGUCGGCAAUCAUAUCUGGUAUGUAUCCUGUAAGAAAGGGACUUGGCAAAGGAGCUCUGGGAUGGUCAUCUUUCUGGAGCCUUGCCCAGUCUGGAGGUCUGCGUGUAGAAGAUCCAAACAUUGCAUCUCUGUAUGCAUCUUCUUCAAUGAAAUACCAGACAGUAUUUAUGGGUAGAUGGGAUCUUGGUGCAGGAAGUCAAGGAGAACAACUCCCAGGAAGUACAGGUUUCGUUUCAUUUUAUGGGACACCAAUGUCACAUGGCCCUGGAUGUAGUUCAAACACAGUGUUCAGGUUCACAGACUGGGAUUUCUUCCUCCUAAUCUUACGGCAAAAUCAGAUUGUGGUUUUAUCUGUGGCCAUAGCUUGCAUUGUACCAAGGCUUUUUGGAGUCAAACGAGAAGUAUCUUUGAUCCUUUUGAUAGUGAUAGGAGGCCUGUCGUUGCUCGUGUUGAGGACGUAUUGUUGGCUUGGUCCCUUGUCCCAGAGUAGCUGUGUAUUAUACAGGGACAAUGUGAUCAGUGAACAACCGUAUCAGGAUGACAAAAUGACACAGCGUAUCACACUGGAGGCAGUCAACUAUCUUAAGUUUCGACGAUCAGAAACUUUCUUUCUAAUGGUAUCAUAUUUACAACCAAAAUAUCCAGCCUUUUCAUCAGAACAGUUCAAAAACAAGUCAGGAAUAAGCCCAUAUUACGACGCCGUUUUAGAAAUAGACUGGAGUGUUGGGAAAAUAUUACAAACUCUAGAGAAGGAAGGUAUAUCAAAAGAAACUGCUGUGAUAUUUCUGUCAGAUAAUGGACCCCAAUUUACCGACCUAUUCACAGGAAAUAAAAUUCACAGAAGCAUGACUGGACAAGGGGUUCUCCAUCGUGGUCGGGAAAAAAUCAGUCUGAAGGGCGAAAAAGGGUCACCCUACGAGGGUGGAAUUCACGUUCCCGCUGUAAUGAGAUGGCCAGGACACAUCAGCCCAAAUAGUGACACUGAUGUUGUUACAUCUGUGCUGGAUAUUUUCCCAACUGUAAUUGAUAUAACAAACAUAAAAAAGAAGUAUCAGUUCCAUAAAUUAGACGGUGAAAGUCUUGUGCCAUUGUUUGAAAAUCCUAAACAAAAGUCUGAUGCUAUUCACAGUCAUUUGUUCCACAUUUGCGACCUGACAAAGUCAGGUUCAGACUGGGCUGUUACUGUGGGAGAUAUGAAGGUUCAUUUCACAGACUGCAAAUUGAAGGACUGCAAGUCUCCGAAAACAACUUUUAUCUACAACAUCAGUGCUGAUCCAGGUGAAACAGUGGCCUUGCCCGUUAAAGAUCACGCUGGACUUCUGUACAAUAUCCAGUUGGACAUGGCCCGUUCUAACCUGAUGUUGGGUAGUUUAAAUACUGCUGUAACAUCACAGUUUGAUGAAAUACCAUAUCCCUGGAAUUUUCCAUGUGCUACAUAUAAAUUAUUGUUUUGCCACAAAGAACUUGACCAUAAAGAAAAUUUCAAUUCAUUAUUUCCGUAAACUGUGAUCAUAAUAAAAUCAUUUUUUCACCUCAUGUUACAAUAUUCUGUUUCCUUAUUCAACUAUGAAUGUUUGCUUUUUGGUGCAGGAAGGAACAGAAUAAAACCAACGUCAUGAAGAAAAGAACAGAACUGGUUUAUUGGUUGAUGAUGAUGUACAUAUCAAUUAUUUCCACAGAUGAACAGUCAGUCAUGUAUAAGCAUACUUUACUAUUACAACUUUUCUAUAUAUUCAGCAUAGUUAACACCCAGGCCAAGACAACAGAUGAACAAUUAAUCUAUUUUGUGUGACUUUCAAUGUUACUAUUAGUUAUCUACUUUAUCAGGUUGAGAUGCACUUACCAAAGAUCAGAAGUCAGUAGUGAAGGAAAUACAGACACAGAUAUCACCAAAGUAUGUAGGUAGUUUGUCAUCUAUCAGAACUCUUACCUUGAAUAGUUUGGUUUUAACUUUGCAAUCCAAUUUUAUCUUUUUACUUCAAUGUUGGUAUGUUUGACCAACACAGACAAGGGCAGUACUUAAGAUGUGAAGACCUUUAUCGUACCCCUUAUGACACAGAUGUGGUCUCGCACACAUCACAGACAAGGGCAGUACUUAGACGUGAAGACCUUUAUCGUACCCCUUAUGACAAAGAUGUGGUCUCGCACACAUCACAGACAAGGGCAGUACUUAAGAUGUGAAGACCUUUAUCGUACCCCUUAUGACACAGAUGUGGUCUCGCACACAACCAAAUGAUCUUAAGUGAUUUUAAAAAGUAUGGCAGUCGUAGCUAUUGAAAAUUAAGUGUUGUAACUGAGCAGGGUCGAUGCAAUGAUGGCACACAUAUUGAUUAGUCUAAACACAGGAAUGUCUGUUAUUUGUCUGUAGAAGCACACAAACCAGUUCUAAUAUACGGGUACAUAAAUUUGUUGUAAGAAAAUGUCUACAACCAAUCAUAGUUUACUACCCUUUUUUGACACUUCAUGAAUUACAUUUAAUACAAUCAUCAUCUAUUAAUUAUGUAGCACUUUGAUUUCAACAAUUGUAACAAAAUUGGAAUUUCAACGCUGUACUUCAAUAAGUACUGUACCGCGUCAGUUGAUAGUACUCUGACAGAGUAGUGGACAGCUUUGCAUCUUGAAUAGUAAUAAUUCAAUCCAUCUUAUUGUUAACUCACACAUUCACUUCAGUAGUUGUCUUGGUUUUGCUUAUCAAUAAGUAAAGUGCAAAGUUGAAUAGCUUACCAUCACAGGAUAUAUGCUUUAUUUGACGAUGACACAAAUUCACUGGAGGUAAAAUGAGUCUAAUAUUCAACUCUUCUCUAUGAUAGUCUGUUAUAUCAGACAAGAGAUUUAGAGACCUCCUUCUCUGUUGUGUGAUAUAUCCGACAUACAUAUUAACUUAUCUUUUUUUACAACAAUUACGAAACAAGUUAUUUCAACUUAUAUUAAUCACUCUUGUUGGCCCGGAUGUUAGGGGGUGAGGGUCCCGGAGGAAACUGGAGUACCCGGAGAAAACCAAUGUGGUCGGGCAGGUGUCCCCAUACCGGCUGCCUUGUUGAAAGGCAAGUGCGCUAUCCACUGCACCACCUGACCGCCCUAUAUCCGACAUGAUUUAGGAGAAGGGAGAUUUAGAGACUCCUUUCUCCAUAUUGUGAUAAAUCGGAUGAGAUUUAGAGACCCACUUCUCUACAGCGUGAUAUAUCAGACAAUCCUUACACCCUUCUUUCCUGUUGUCUUACACAGCAGGUAGUGGACAGUAUUUUGUAAAGGAUUGGUUGAGACAAGCAAUAAAAUGCUUUCACAUUUUAAUGAAGUGAAAAUGAAACUUUCACUUUAAAAUAAAUCUACUAAAUUAUAAUUAAACUCCUAUUUACUAAAACUCAACUUUUGACUUAACUUGUGUUUUUUGUACCAUUUAUAAAUAAAUCUGCCAUACUUCUGGGUUAUAUAUUUAAACAGUCACCAGUCAUUAUGAUUAAGCAUGUUUUAUUUGAUGCAAUGAUGUAUUUAACUUCCACAGAAAUUAACAUGACUUUAAAAAGAUAUAGAUUUCAAAUGUUCAUGUUGUCUUGUAAUUUACAUUAACUUUUGAUAACAAAACAAUAUUAGAAUGUUUUCUUGUAUAUUAAGAGCAAUUGAAAUCUACAGGUCACGGAAUUCAAAACUACAUACCAAACUCUGUUUAUAGACAUAUAGAUAGAUUUAUUAAUCUAUUCAGAUUUGAAGAAAAUACUGGAUGCAAAUAAAAAUAAUUCUCAUUCUCACAAAAAGCAAUUUUUAUCAAUCACAUGUUGAUGGUUCAAAUACUCCUUGUAUAUUGUAACAUUACAUGUAUAGAAGGUAGUAAAGUGUGAUGGUCAACCUUAGACAAUGAUCACUGGAGUGUGAUGGUCAACUCAUAUGAUAAAUGAAGCAAGAUGAAUAUAUUAAUGUCAAAGUUAAUCUAAUACACACUAGCAAUCUUCAAACAUUCAAUAAUAAAACAUACAUAGAGUUUACAUGUAAAUACAACACAAGUGAUUAAUGCACCAUUUGUAUGUCUCCAGAUCUUAGUAUCCCACCAGGCAGGUGUCCCUCGUUAUUACUAUAACAUGGGGUGUUCACUCUCGUCAGUGAUAACAAUGACUAAGUAUCCCACCAGACAGGUGUCCCUCGUUAUUAUUAUAACAUGGGGUGUUCACUCUCGUCAGUGAUGACAAUGACUAAGUAUCCCACCAGACAGGUGUUAUUACUAUAACAUGGGGUGUUCACUCCCGCCAGUGAUAACAAUGACUUAGUAUCCCACCAGACAGGUGUCCCUCGUUAUUACUAUAACCUGGGGUGUUCAC